GCGAGGUCCACACAACCUGCAGACAUAAAAUCUGAUACAUAAAAACACCACUCAAAGCUACCUUUCAAUUAUCCUUCGUUCCUUGUCUCUCUCAAAUCUCACCUCACUAAUAAAUAAUUAUUAAACACAACAGAUAUAAACAAAAAUAACGUUGCUAUCUGUCCCUGUUUCGCUUCCCUUUGCUUCUUGUUAUCAAAGCUCUAAUUGUGUGCCGGCAUUCGGUUCUUCCUCGCAGAGUAGUGUGCCGGUGCUAUUUCGAUUCUUGCCCAUGAAACGAGGGUACUCGGAAUCGUCCUCCACCUCUCUCGGGCCUCCCCAAUCGAGAUUCAAACACAACCCAGAAGGUGAUUCAGAAUUCUUGGAGGAUGAAACCACAAAAAAAUUCGCACGUAAAGUGGCCGAUCAUUACAGUGCAAGGACGAAUCAAACUCUAGAAGAACGAGAAGCUAGUCCAAUCAUCCAUUUAAAGAAGCUUAACAAUUGGCUAUAUGCUCAUAGAGGAGAUGCUGUCCUGGAUCUUGCAUGUGGCAAGGGAGGUGAUCUCAUCAAAUGGGACAAGGCUAAAAUUGCGUAUUAUGUUGGAAUUGAUAUCGCUGAAGGCUCGAUAGAAGAUUGUCGUACCCGUUACAAUGGCGAUGCCGACCAUCAUCAGCGUCGUAAAAAGUUUACAUUUCCUGCGCAUCUUAUGUGUGGAGAUUGCUAUGAGGUUCGCCUGGAUAAAGUCCUGGCUGACGAUGCCCCCUUUGAUGUUGUCAGUUGCCAGUUUGCCUUGCAUUAUUCCUGGUCUACUGAGGCACGUGCACGGCGAGCCUUGGCUAAUGUAUCUGCUUUACUGCGACCUGGCGGUACUUUUAUUGGAACAAUGCCCGAUGCGAAUGUGAUUAUCAAAAAGCUUAGAGAAGCUGAAGGAUUGGUCUUUGGUAAUAGCGUCUACUGGAUACGUUUUGAUGAUGACUUUUCUGAAAAGAAAUUCAAGUCUUCGAGCCCCUUUGGUAUCAAGUACAAGUUUCACCUGGAGGAUGCUGUUGAUUGCCCGGAAUGGAUUGUCCCCUUUCAUGUUUUCAAAUCGCUGGUUGAAGAGUAUGAUAUGGAGCUAGUUUUUGUGAAGAACAACCACGAAUUUGUUCAUGAGUAUAUGAAAAAGCCAGAAUUUGUGGAGUUAAUGCGGAGGCUUGGUGCAUUAGGCGAUGGUAACCAAGAUCAAAGCACACUAUCGAAAGACGAAUGGGAAGUAGCUUAUCUCUAUUUGGCAUUUGUCUUGAGGAAGCGAGGGGAACCUGGUCGGACACAAGUAAACGGUAGAAGAGACAAGGGGAAGAUGAACAUAUCAAAGGAGGACGUCAUGUACAUAAGUAAUGACUAGUGCAACACCAAUGAUGUCUCGAAGAUCCAUUUUUUCGGCAGAAGAGGAGAAUGAUCGGCAGCACAGGAGAAACGUGUUUGCCAAAUGGGAAAGCCCAAGAGCCCGAAUCCCCACAAUGUUCGACUGGCUACUAUUUUUUUUUUCCUGAGUACAAGGAUAUAUUUUUACACUAAUGAGAGGAGGAGAAUAGUUAAGUCACACAAUGGAUAACCUAAUUUGGUAUCGAAUUCGUUAUCCAUGAUAUUCGAACCUAAGAUAUUUUACUUACAGGGGAUGAGAAAUACCACCAGACCGUAGUGCUGAGUGACUCAACUAGCUACUAUCAGCUUUGUAGAUUUACAAAGAUCCAAGAUUUAAGAUUUGUAACUUUCAUCGUAAUCAACGCUCCGUCGGAAAUAACAGUUUGUAGUUAUAAGAAAUGGUUUUAACCACUCAGAAGUGAACCCCAGCCAAAUGUAUCAAAUGAAUUACAUUGUUUACUCUUUU